CGGGGCGGCGGGGAGCGGAGCGGAGCGGAGCGGAGCCGGCCGGCGCCAUGGAGGAGCUGAGCAGCGUGGGCGAGCAGGUCUUCGCCGCCGAGUGCAUCCUGAGCAAGCGGCUCCGCAAGGGCAAGCUGGAGUAUCUGGUGAAGUGGCGAGGCUGGUCCUCCAAACACAACAGCUGGGAACCUGAAGAGAAUAUUCUUGAUCCAAGGCUGCUCCUUGCCUUCCAAAAGAAGUAUUAUUGUGGGUGGCACAAUGACCUGUUGACUAGGGUGCAGCAGUUAAAAAAGGAACAUGAGAAAGAGGUGCAGAAUCGGAAGAGGGGCAAACGACCCAGAGGCAGGCCCAGGAAACAUGUGGAACCAGAGGUGCCUCCAAAAAUCAAGUCAAGUAGCUCCUCAUCCUCCACCUCUUCAUCUUCCUCCUCCUCUGAUGAAGAGGAUGAGAGUGACCUGGAGGCAAAGAGAGGUCCCCGGAGCAGAGAGACUCACCCAGUGCCACAGAAGAAAGCUCAGAUUCUGGUUGCGAAGCCGGAAAUAAAAGACCCUGUCAGGAAGAAGCGUGGGCGGAAACCUCUGCCUCCGGAGCAGAAGGCAGCCAGAAGGACCAUGAACCUGGCAAAGGUGCUGAAAACAACCCGAAAGGAGACGGGGGGAGGUUCUAAGCUGAUGGGGAAAUUGCAGCCCCAACACAAUGCUCAGGGCUCAGGUAUUGCUGUGCUUAAAUCUAAUGUGAAAGAACCCCAAAGUGCACUGAGUGGGCUUGGUUCAGGGGGCUUAUCUGCUGAGAACCUGCCCAAUAUACUGAAGGGCUCCUCUGGGAGCCCAAACCACGGGAUCAGCUGGCAGAGUUCGAUCGUGCACUACAUGAACAGGAUGUCCCAGAACCAGAGCUCUGCAGAGGCCCCAGCCCCAGGGAGGCUGGCACUCAAGUCACAGGCAUCCACCAAGAGUAGCCUAGGACUGGACUUAAAAAUGAGAAACCAGAAAGGAGCUGGGGAGCCGGGGUUGAAUGUGCACGGCUCCAAAGCAGCCAAGGCACUCGGCAGUGGUGCUGGGGGGGAUCAGAAAUCAGGCUUCACCGCUGGGGCUCAGACCCUGCCCAACGGCAGCAAGGCACCUGUGAAUUCGCCUGCCCCAGGAAACCAGCUGACUUCCAAUCAGGAGCUGAACCUUCAAGCUUUAAACUUACAGAGUGUCAAAAAUGGGCCGAAUUCAGCAGGUGGCAGCAGCCUCCCUCGGCAUGUCUGUGGAACUCUGGCCAAAAGUGCCGGCGCCGCAGCUGUGAAUGCGGGGGCAGCCGCUGCCAAGGGCAGUGGGGUGGGCACAGUGCUGAAUGCACAAAACACUGGGCUGCCGCCAGGCGUGGACACCUGCAAAAAUGAGAAACCAAUGCAAAGAGCAGCUGCUGGGGAAAGAGAUGUGACAAAAGGCGGUGCCCCAUGUGUGCAAGAGGGGCACCCCACAACAGAGAACCGCAAGCCAGCAGCCCUGUCUGAAAUGAGCACCGGCGAAGAGGAGACCAGCUCCGAUUCGGAUCGGGAUUCUGCCUCGUUUCCUGGUAUGGGCCAGAACAUGUCAGUCUCCAUCCAGACCAGCCAGGACUGGAAACCCACCCGCAGCCUGAUCGAACACGUCUUUGUCACAGACGUGACAGCCAACCUGAUUACAGUGACUGUCAAGGAGUCUCCCACCAGUGUUGGGUUUUUCAAUCUUAGACAUUACUGAACCAGGAGGUGCGAGGUGGGGGGAUGGGUUCCCAUAGCCCCUUCUGAUGCCUCUUUCCCAUUGGCUUUACCUGAUUGUUUCAUUGGGUUUUUCUUCAAGUGAAUGCCAGAUGGCAAUGAGAUUUGGGGAGGCAAAAAUCAGGUGUCCCUGCCCCUAUAAGCAAUUGGCUUUUAAACAGCACCCCGGCUUCCCCCAACAAAGUGUUCUGCCAUUGCCGGUCAGCAAUGUUCUUGAUGGUUCCUUGUAUCUGUGGAGGCUUCCUGGAGCCAAUAGAGAUUUUUCUCUGAGGGCUGGGAGGAGUAGGAUACAGUGAAACCUGUUAACAGCUACCAAAGACCAUUCUGUUUUUCUGACCACUAGAGCAGAUGGCACCAGAGUAAGGCUAAUGCUGUGUUUCUCCGGUGGGGAUUAAGGUUGGCUGGCUGGCUGCUGAAAAGUGCUUAGCAAGUGACUGGUAAGCCAGGUUUCUCUGUGGUUGGAUUUCUUUGCUGUACAACUUGAAAUGUCAGAACACCAGGUACCUGCAACACCAGAACGUGCAAGUACCUGGACAGUUGGGGAGAGGGCUAUGGGGUCAUGCAACAUAACAGGCUAAACCUUUUCCUUAAGAAAAGGUGAGGGGUUUUUUUUUGUUUGUUUUGUUUUUUUUCCUUCUCGGCAUUAGCACAAGCUCCUGGGACAGUCCAACUCAAUCCAAAUCAGCCAGCCGGGUUCCGCAUGCUGUGGGGCAGGGGGUUGCCUGGAGAUGUGGAGGUUUUCAGGGGACAUUCGUUUAAGCCCAGCUACCCUCCUGGGCUAGGUUGCUCCCAGGGAUGAGUGUGAAGUGACUGCUAGUUCUCUUGUGAUGUUUUGCAAAUGAAAUGGAAAUAUUGUUUACAUUUUUAUACAGAAUCCUCCCUUGUUCAGAAGGGAGGUGGGGGGCAAGGGGCCAUCAGACUCAAACUGUUGCUGCUGCUGCUGGCAAACCCAGGCGCGCUGUGGUGGGAAUGGGCGUCACAGCCUGCGUUCACACCAAGUGUGGCACGUUGGGGGUGCACCGCAUGAGCUGGCAGCUGAUCAGUAGUGUGAGCUGCUGCUGUGAAUUUCUCUGUGUGCGUGAAAGACGAGAAGUCAGGGAUGGGAACCAGUCUGGACGAUUUAGUGCUCUCCAAAUCCAGCCGUCUCCUUGUCCCAGUAUCGUUAAGACUUCACCUCGCAUCCAUCAGCCACUAGUCCUGGCGGAGCUUCUCCAGACACCCCCACACGGCAUAUUUGGGAGCAUUAAAUCACAGGGUACAUGCAAAUACUUGUGGCAGGAUUUAACUUGCUGCAUGCACACGCGUCCUUCAGGGCUGUGUGUAUGUGGUGCAGCCCAGGGCCUAAAGCCACCUGCUACUUGGAGACCCUUGUGAGGGGAGAAGUUUUCUCCAUUCCUCAUGGCAGAGCGGGUAGCUUGAGGCUCUGACUUGCCAUUAGCCUUGUCUUGAUGCUACCACUAGGAAUGAGUGAGGGUUAAAACACCGCAUUUGUGGGAUCCAAAUUCCUGCCGAGCUCCCGUUGCCAGCAGGCUUUGAGCGCUGUGGAGGCAGUGCAUGCGAGGCUCACGCUGGGUGCUGCCAAGUGCCUUCAAUUCACAUGGAUUUCAGUGGAAACUGAGGGUGCUCAAAGCCUCCUAGGGUGAGACCCAAUGUGGCUGGGGUGAGGACAGCACUCACCUCACUGCCUCUCAAGCAGCAGUGCCCCGGGGACAGCCUUUGGCAGGCUCUGGCUGGAGCCCCCUUCAGGCAGACAAGGAGACUCUUGCUGAACUCGGUUUGAAUGCAGCCUUUGCGACUGUAGGGAUCUGGAACUCUCCUGGGUGUGUGGCAGGGGCAGCCUGGGACCUUCACGUGCUCUAAGGACAGGCCCGCAAAAGGCAGCCCUUGAAAGAUCUCGGCAGCAGGGUGGCCGAGGACUGUCUGGGCUGGCGGGUCGGUGUGUUUAGGUGCCGCUUCAAAGUGGAUGGGUUCAUCAUCUACAUCCCUGCCCCAGUGACAUGCAUCUUACUCAGCCACAGUCUGGAGCACCUGCAAUGGCAGUAGCGAGAUGCUGUCAACUCGGAAAGAGCCAAAGGUUGAAGCUCCAUUAAGUGGAUAUAGGCGCACGUAUAUUUCUUAGUCUGUUUUUCUGCUCUGAUGUGGUCAGGCAUUUAAAACGCUAGUUCCUUUGGGCCUGGGCUGGCUGCUAUGCUGGUCCGGUGGGUAGCGAACGUCAGGGAGGUUUGAUAAUCUAUUGCUGUUGGUACUGCGGUGUCUGGGUUGCCAGGGAAGGUUCCACUGGAUUUUGUAUUUAAUUCACAAACCUUAAUUGGUUUAGGUUUCGUUUUUAACAAAUCUAAGCUUGGGUCCAGUUUGAGUUGACAAGCCUUUAAUCUUAUGCAAUGGUUCCUGCCUUGAACAUUACCCAGGUGGAUUUGUCCUGCUCAAGUGCAUGGGACAAGGGGUCAUGUGGGUCAGACCAGUUUUGUCUGCGAGGAGGGUUUGUAAGGAGAGUUUGCUUUGGAGCUCCCUGGUGCCAAAAAGUAGCGUCUGUUAUUCAGUUGACCUCAUCAUUCAAAUGCAGCCAAACUAACUACUAUGACUUUGAGAACUUCAAGAAAAAAUUAGCUUGUGGAUUCAGAAGCCUGUACCCCUGUGGUGGCCUUUACCACAUGUGUUCUGAAGCCCCAGGCAUGGGAAUGCUGGAAGAUCCUUUCCUUCAGUAAUGAACAAGGGGGGUCUGGAUAUCUUAAAGGCUGUGUCUGGCUGUCUUCCACACACACCAAAUAUUUACUAGUUGGCCUUUGCAAAUCCAAACUAAAGUAACUUACAAUGUGCCUUUUGGAAUGUGCUGUCCCAGCCUUGCCCAUGGUACAGGUCACUGACAGCUGUCUUGCCCUUAUGCAAAGCUGGGUUAGUCCAGGGUCCUGUGAAAAGCAAGGACAUGGGUGAGGGGACAGGGGAGAAGACCCUUCCUCCUCAGAAGGAUGCACCCAGCAUUUUUGUGGACCCCCAGGUACACCUGCUUUGGUGAUGGUAGCAGCUGGUGUGUGUCCAAAGGGAACUGCACCCUCCUUUCUGAGGUUGGCAUCUGAACACGGAGAGGGAAGAAACUGCUUCCACAGGGAUGAACCCAGAAAUCCUUAGAAUAAGGCUGGUGAUGGAUCUGUGUAAACACCUCCUGGGAUGGCCACUGAAAAAUGGCAUUUGAUGCUGGUCUGAGGAGGGGCCAGUUGAUACGACUGUAUUAAGACGAUAGAAAACUGCUUCUCCAUCCCUACUCCUAUAGUGUCAGUGCCUAUGUUUGUACUUUGGGGCGUCAAGAGGGUUGCGCUAGUGUAGGACAGGGCUUGGACUGGAGUGACUCAUGGUGGGUACUGGUUUGCACUGGUGCUGCAUGCCUAUCUUCGUUUACAACCAGUGCAAACCACUAUCAAAGUACUUACGGGGCAAAGUCCUACAGCCUAGACAAGAUCUACGUAAGAUGUCCCUGUUCAGAAUUCCAGUUCUAAUUAAAUUGUAUUUCACAUUUGGUGGCUUGGUCCCACUCAAAGGCAUUCUUGCCUUUCAGAGUCUGGGUGAUGUUUUCUUGGGAUUCUUGACUUUUGCCCUGGAAACUUAAUACAAAUGGAAACUGGCUUUUUUUCAGCACCAGCCACUUAUAAAACUGGGUUUUUUCCCCCUCCUGUAGCAGUGGGAACCUGCUUUGCCAAUGCUAACAUUGUGCCUUUCUGUUAACCAGCUGUUUCAAUCCCAAAGUUAUAAAGACUGUGAAAGUGAUCAUCUGGAAACACCUUACUUUCAUCUCAUUCUUCCUCCCCCCUUUAAUCUGGCAUUAAAUGUGUGGACUCCCCUUAACAAAGUGUGUGUGUGUGUGUGUGUGUCUGAGUGAAAGUUUAACUUUGAAGUUAGCCUCUCAAAGGCAAAUUGUGCGUUUUAAUUUAAUCUUUUGUGGACUGAAGUUUAAAAAGCUGGUGCUAAUUGUGUUUACCAAUAAAAUUAGUCUUCAGAGUCUACCUUUUUAAAAAAUUUGCUGCUAUGAGUUUGUGUUUUAGUUGCAUGUCAAACAACCAAUUAAAGGUUUGUCACUAUUUUUAGUCUUAAGGGGUUUCCCAAGGGAAUAGUACUGCAGUAUUUGUAUAUUGAAUGGUAUUUUAUCCUGGCAUAAUCUGGUGAAGUAUGGGGGUUUUUCAUUGGACUGGAAAAAGUGGACAAUUCAGUCAUCUUCCUUAGGAGUUUAGUAUAUUUUUAUAUAUAUAUUUUGUACCAAAAAACUGGAGUUCUUGGGAGCGUCUUCUUUUUGUUUUGGUUCUGAGACUGACAUAGAUGUGAAGGACUCUAGACCUAAGAAGAAAAGGUUUUACUAAAAGCAAGCGAGGCAGUGUGCGUGAAAACAAUUGUUCUUGUAACUGUGCCAAUUACUGCCUGAUGUGCAUUUAUUAUUUUUUAUUAUUAAAAAAGCCAAAUCAUUCCUGUAUGCCACUUCUGAUUGCUUUAAACUACACCAGUUUGCUUUUUAGAGAACAAGCGUUGGAUAUGUUAUUACCUGGGGAAUGCUUGAGUUCUUUGUUGGAAACCAGACAGCAGCCCAGCCCACGGUAAAUAAGGGCUGCCUCCCUGAAGACAAUGCCUGCCCAUUGAGCUUGCAGUGUGUUCACGGCAGUGGUUGGGGUUCCCUUGGUGACCCUAGAGUUGGCUCCCUUGCAUUUUGUGAUGUUUUCUAGUAUUUUUGGACACUAAUGCUAGUGUAGACUCCAGACCUCUAGGCUGCUUUUAAUUUAUUUUGCAGGAAAACACUAGAAGUUGGUGUGUCAGACAACUUUGUAUAAUGUUUUUAUUCAUGUUAGUAUAUCAAUAAAUAUUUUUUUAAACUUU